GAGUGCGUAAGGGGUUCCCUGAAGGACAAAACCAUUGUACUUGUCACCCAUCAAGUUGAUUUUUUGCACAAUGCUGAUCUCAUCCUGGUUAUGCGAGAUGGAAUGAUUGUCCAAUCAGGGAAGUAUGACGAGCUACUUAAUGCUGGUACUGAUUUUGCAUCAUUAGUUGCUGCACACGACAGUUCCAUGGAGUUGGUUGAGCAGAGUGCACCCGCCCAUGAAAGCAUGGAUGAUCCAUCUAAACCAUCAAAUAAAUCCAUCACAGAUCACGAUAAAGCUAAUGGUGAAACUUCCACCAUGUCACCUAAGGCUGAAAAGGGCUCUUCUAAGCUGAUCAAGGAUGAGGAGAGGGAGACUGGGCAUGUCAGUUUGAAUGUAUACAAAACCUACAUGACCGAGGCUUGGGGCUGGUGGGGAGUCAUCAGUGUGCUGCUUGUUUCAUUUCUGUGGCAAGGAUCUCUGAUUGCCUGUGAUUAUUGGUUGUCAUUCACAACUUCAGCUAAUAAUUCUGCUUCGUUCAGUCCAUCGCUAUUUAUUGAAGUUUAUGUCGGCAUAGCUGUGGUUUCAAUUUUCCCCCUCACAGGGAGGGCCUUUCUUAUAACUUCCUGGGGGCUCCAGACGGCGCAGAUCUUCUUCAAGCAGAUAUUGAGCAGCAUCUUGCAUGCACCCAUGUCAUUUUUUGAUACCACUCCUUCCGGAAGAAUCCUUAGUCGAGCAUCAUCGGAUCAAACCAACGUCGAUCUCUUCAUCCCGUUCUUCAUUGGAUUGGCUGUUGCGAUGUACAUUGCAGUUCUUGGCAUUCUUGUGGUCAUCAUUCAGGUAGCUUGGCCAACUCUCGUUUUCAUAAUUCCACUGGGAUGGCUCAACAUUUGGUACCGGGGCUACUUUAUUACAACAUCUCGUGAGUUAACUCGGCUUGAUUCAAUAACCAAAGCACCUGUCAUCCAUCACUUCUCAGAGACCAUUCAGGGCGUCAUGACUAUUCGGUGCUUCAAGAAAGAAGAAAGGUUCUCCCAGGAGAACAUCAACAGAGUUAAUGCAAGCUUAACUAUGGAUUUUCACAACAACGCUUCUAAUGAGUGGAUGGGAUUCCGUUUGGAGUUAAUAGGAGUCUUAGUUUUAUGCAUUUCUGCGUUACUAAUGGUUUUGCUUCCCAGCAGUAUUAUCAAACCAGAAUAUGUUGGGUUAUCUUUAUCCUAUGGUCUCUCUCUCAACGGCACUCUAUUUUUUGCCAUUUGGAUCAGUUGCUUCUUAGAGAACAGGAUGGUUUCUGUGGAAAGGAUAAAGCAAUUCAGUGUUAUUCCCCCAGAAGCUCCAUGGAAAAUUAAAGACUGCCUGCCUUCCCCGAAUUGGCCCACUCAUGGAGAAAUUUCUCUCAAAGAUCUAAAGGUUAAAUAUAGACCGAAUACUCCUCUUGUUUUGAAUGGAAUCACACUCAACAUUCACGGUGGUGAGAAGAUUGGAGUUGUUGGUCGGACAGGGAGUGGAAAAUCAACCCUGAUUCAAGCUCUUUUCAGAAUUGUAGAACCUUCUGCAGGAAAAAUAAUCAUUGAUGGAGUGGACAUAUGCAGUUUGGGGCUUCAUGAUCUCAGGUCACGCUUUGGGAUUAUUCCUCAAGAGCCGGUACUCUUUGAUGGAACUGUGCGGAGCAAUGUUGACCCAAUCGGACAGUAUACUGAUGAUGAAAUUUGGCAGAGCCUGGAACGAUGCCAGCUCAAACAGGCUGUUGCUGCAAAACCUGAGAAGCUUGAUUCUUUAGGUACCAUGAUCUCCUUUUUAUAUGAAUCUUUAUAUUUUGAAUGUUUAAUUCAAAGGUUUUGA